CACUGAUAGGUGGCCCUGACUGGCACUGAUAGGUGGCACUGAUUGGCAGCACUGAUAGGUGGCACUGACUGGCACUGAUGGGUGACACUGAAAGGCAGCUCAGAUGGGCACUGAUAUGUGGUAUUGAUGUGCACUGGUAGGCACUGAUAUGUGGCACUGAUGGGCACUGGCACGAGGCACUGAUGAGCACUGACGUAAGGCACUGAUGGACACUGACAGGUGGCACUGCUGGGGCUACACUGAUCAUCAGGGCACACUGAUCAUAACUGUCAGCGUGACAGCUCGAGAGGAGAGAAAUACCGAUAACCGGCAUUUCCCUGUUUUACAUGUGAUCAGCUGU